AUGGUCGUAGCACAGCUUCUUCUCGCCGCAGCACUUGCGCCGGCUGCUGCCCUGGCGGGGCCCUUUAAACUCCGUGACGUCAACUCCUACGAUGGAAAGGCCACCCCCUACGAGAGAAAGGUCAACUCCUACGAGGGAAAGGUCACCGCUUACGAGGGAAAGGUCGCCUCCUACGAGGGAAACCCAUUGGCCGACAGACAGCUGUUCAUCAACCCCACAUACGUCGACGAGAUCAAGACCCUCGCCAUCCCCCAGCUGACCGGCGAGCUCGCGGAGAAGGCGGCCAAGGUCGCCGAGGUGCCCACGUUCUCAUGGCUUGACACUCGCGAGAACAUCAGCCUGAUGAACAGCACCCUCGCGCAGAUCCGCAAGCUCAACCAGGAAGGCGCCAACCCGCCGUACGCCGGCACCUAUGUCAUCUACAACUUCCCCGACCGCGACUGCUCCGCCAAGGCAUCGGCAGGCGAGCUCUUGAUCGCCGACGGCGGCGUUGAGAAGUACAAGAAGGAGUACAUCGACCCCAUCGCGGCGUUGGCCAAGGAGUACUCCGACGUCCGCCAGGUCUUUGUCUACGAACCUGAUGGACUUGCCAAUCUUAUUACGAACAUGGCCGUCCCCAAGUGCGCCGGCGCCGCCGAUGCGUACAAGGAGGGAACUGAAUACGCUUUGAAGACACUCAACCUCGAGAACGUCGCCAUCUACGUCGAUGUAGGCCACGCAGGUUGGCUGGGCUGGGAGGAUUCUCUAGCUCCUACGGCAGAGCUCUAUGCUGAGCUGUACAAGAAGGCCGGGUCGCCGAAGUCGGUUAGGGGAACGUGUAGUAACGUGUCCAACUUUAAUGGCUGGAACUUGACGACUGCGCCCCCGUACACGGCGCCAAGUGAGAAUUGGGACGAGUCCAAGUUCCACGCGGCGUUGGCGCCGCACCUGCGUGAGGCGGGCUUCCCGGCCCACUUCAUCGUCGACCAGGGCCGCAGCGGCAAGCAGCCGACGGGACGGGAGACGUGGGGUGACUGGUGCAACAUCAAGGACACGGGAUUCGGGCCGCGGCCGACGGUGCAGACGGGGGUCGAGACGCUGGACGCCGUGGUCUGGGUCAAGCCGGGCGGCCAGGCGGACGGCACCAGCGACACGACGGCGGUGCGCUAUGAUGAGAAGUGCAGCUCGAAUUCGUCCGUCGUGCCGGCGCCGGAGGCCGGUUCCUGGUUCCAGGAGUACUUUGUGCAGCUGUUGGAAAACGCCAACCCUCCGUUUUAA